AGGCCCCCGGAAUACCGUUCCGCGGCUUCCGUGGCCGCCCCCGGGAACCCCCCCCCGGCGGAGAUGCCUCAGCACUCGACGGGGGACAAGCCCCCGACGUCGGUGCCACAGCUGGUCCUCCCGAGCCCGCCCUCGGCCGCGGACGGCGGGAGCGGCCACAGCACCCCCAGCAGGCGGGCGUCCCUCGGCUCACCCCCCAGCCACGACGCCCUGGGCUCCUGCAGCCAGCCGCUGUGCCAGCCGCCGGCCGGGAAGCGUGACCCCCGGGCGGCCCCCGAGACGCGCCGCGUGGCUGCGGGGCCGCAGAGCACAGUGUGUGGCUGGCGGGCCUUCGCGCCCGAGUGCCUGCGGGCCUUCAACACGCCCAGGGCCUUCCUGCUCUUCCUGUGUGCGGCCGCCUUCCUGCAGGGCAUGACCGUGAACGGCUUCAUCAACACGGUCAUCACCUCCAUCGAGCGCCGCUACGACCUGCGCAGCUACCAGAGCGGCCUCAUCGCCAGCUCCUACGACGUGGCCGCCUGCCUGUGCCUCACCUUCGUCAGCUACUUUGGGGGCACCGGCCACAAGCCGCGCUGGCUGGGCUGGGGCGUGCUGGUCAUGGGCGCCGGCUCGCUGGUGUUCACGCUGCCCCACUUCGCCGCAGGCGCCUACGAGGCGGAGGGCGCCGAGGGCCUGGGCACGUGCCGGGCCAACCGCAGCCUGGCCUGCAGGGACCGCGCCUCCGGCCUGUCCGCCUACCGCCUGGUCUUCAUGCUGGGCCAGUUCCUGCACGGUGCGGGCGCCACGCCGCUCUACACGCUGGGCGUCACCUACCUGGACGAGAACGUCAAGUCCAGCCACUCGCCCGUCUACAUCGCCAUCUUCUACACGGCGGCCAUCCUCGGCCCCGCCGCUGGCUACCUGAUCGGAGGCACCCUGCUCAACAUUUACACCGAAGUAGGCCGACAGACGGAGCUGACCACCGAGAGCCCCCUGUGGGUCGGCGCCUGGUGGGUGGGCUUCCUGGGCGCGGGAGCCGCCGCCUUCCUCAUCGCCAUCCCCAUCCUCGGCUACCCCCGGCAGCUGCCAGGGUCCCGACACUACGUGGUCAUGAGAGCGUCGGAGACAUGCCGGCUGAAGGACAGAGGCCACGAGGCAGCCAGCAACCCCGACUUCGGGAAAACCAUCAGAGACCUGCCUCUCUCCAUCUGGCUCCUACUGAAAAACCCCACGUUCAUCUUGCUGUGCCUGGCGGGAGCCACCGAGGCCACACUCAUCGCAGGCAUGUCCACGUUUGGCCCCAAGUUCCUGGAGUCCCAGUUCAGCCUGAGCGCCUCGGAAGCUGCCACCUUGUUCGGGUACCUGGUGGUGCCUGCCGGGGGUGGCGGCACCUUCCUGGGUGGCUUCUUCGUGAACAAGUUCAAGCUUCGUGGUGCGGGCAUCAUCAAGCUGUGCCUUUUCUGUGCCCUGACCAGCCUGCUGGCCAUCUUCGUGUUCUUCAUGCACUGUCCCAACGUGCCCGUGGCGGGUGUGACCGCCAGCUACCACGGCGGCCUCCUGCCCCAGGGCCGCCUGGAGCUGACCGCCGCCUGCAACGCGGCCUGCGGCUGCCAGCCCGAGCUCUACAGCCCCGUGUGCGGCUCCGACGGCCUCACGUACUUCUCGCCCUGCUACGCGGGCUGCCUGGAGGCGGCCGAACCCGGCCCCGGCGGCCAGAAGGUGUACCGAGACUGUAGCUGUGUCCCUCAGAAUUUUUCCUCUGGUUUUGGCCAUGCCACUGCAGGGAAAUGCACCUCAACUUGUCAAAGAAAGCCCCUCCUUCUGGUUUUCAUAUUCGUUGUAAUCAUAUUUACAUUCCUCAGCAGCAUUCCUGCGCUCACGGCAACGUUACGGUGUGUCUGUGACCGGCAGAGAUCGUUUGCGCUGGGAAUCCAGUGGAUUGUGGUUAGAACUCUAGGGGGCAUCCCGGGGCCCAUCGCCUUCGGCUGGGUGAUCGACAAGGCGUGCCUGCUCUGGCAGGACCAGUGUGGCCAGCAGGGCUCCUGCUUCGUGUACCAGAACUCGGCCAUGAGCCGCUACAUGCUCAUCGCGGGGCUGGUGUACAAGGUGCUGGGCUUGUUGUUCUUUGCCGCCGCCUGCCUCCUGUACCAGCAUCCGUUGGAGGCUCCCAAUGGCCUAGAAGCUUCUCUGCCCAGCCAGUCCUCGGCCUCCGACACCCCCAUGGACCUCCAGGACGCCCCCUCGGCCCUCCAGCUCCAGAGUGACGUCUGACCGCCCACCCGUCCGCCCAGGGACACGAGCCAGCAAGCACUGUCUGAUUUCUUCCCAGAAGGGCUGACCCCUCGCCGAUUGAUACCCCAGGGCUGAGGACCCUCCAAAAAUCUCUCCUAGGAUCCUGAGGGUACUAAGCUGGUGGGGGCCGCACGUCCGAGUCUCAGAGACACUGAAGAGGAAGAACGCAAGGCAAGGGGGGACACGGCGCGCCUCCCCCCUAGCCCCGGGGGAGAGUGUGACGGUCCCUCUGGCUCAGGAAGACCGAGGCCCCGCAGCCCAGCCCUUCUCACAGUCCGUGAACGGGCAGAGCCGCGAGGCACUGGAUUUUGCCCGGGGGCCUCGAGAACCCCGGACGCGUCGACAGCUGUGAUUUUCAGCCUCUCUAUGCGAUCUGAGCUGCACUGUUACAGAAAGUCCAGAACCACCUGCCGGCCGGUGUGAAGCUGGCAGCCGCCGGGGGGUUCGGAAGUCACCGUUCUGUCCUGGAGACUGGAGAAGCGCCCGUCACUGCCUGUGGCGCGCACACGGGGCUCGUGCCGCUCCUGUUCAUUGUGACACCGUCGACACCGCGGGGUGGGAAUUACAAAGCCCUGACCCCCGCCGGGGCGUGUCACCGGCCGUGCUCCCGAACGGGCCUCAUUCGGCAUCUGGGGACCAGCCUGGCCCCGACUUCCUGUGUCUCUUCUGAUGCGGGGCAGCUGGGCGGGCGGCCGUCCCCAGGGGCACGGUCCCUGCUGCCCCCUCGCGUCCUCAGAGCUGCAGCGGGACGGGACGCGCCGCAAAAGCAGAUAUUUAUGGACCAAUAUUUUGCAGAACCUUAUUUAUAGAAUUUGUCUUUUACCUGCUUGUGUGGUGGGCAUAGCGGCCGGCUCAGCGGACAUUCGCGAACUCUGCCUGGAGGACACUGGGACUCCCAUGGAAUGUUCGCGGGUGUCCUCAGUCAAAAUUAUGUGUAAAUAAAUAUAUUUUGAUAUUUAAAGCAA